UGGUAAUCCUGUAGAAAAUGUUGUCAAAUUUUUGAAAGUGAAACCAAUACACUCAUGGACACGGAGCACGCGGAACAGAACAAAACAUAGCAAUAAGGAAGAAUGGACAUAAUCACAAGUAAUAAGGUGAAGCUUAUUAAAUGGUUACGCGUAGACGAAUACAUUUUGCAGCACGUCCAAUGUAGGAAGUUGAUAACCAUGGAUGAAUACACGAAACUGAAAAACCUCUCAAACCCUGGAACACAAAUAACCGAACUCUUGGACCUAAUGUUGCAAAAGGGACAAAGUGUGUGCAUGGACUUUCUAAAAUUGCUGAAAGAAGACGAUGUGAAUGAAAGCAGCCCGGAGCUCAAGAAGUGGAUAACUUCAGUAAAUACCUGCUUAGAAAUAAAAGCGGCUCCACAGAUCGCCGGCCAAAGCUCAGGUAGCUCAGUGAAUAUUACUGAAGAUGAUACCAGCAGUGUUUACGUCCCUAUCAUUAGCGGUGGUAAGAUUUCUGUCCUCAGUAUGGAAACGAAUAUUAGUCUUCAAAAAAGGACUGAUGAGAAACCGAUGAGAAGCGGUUUCUCAGACCAAGAACUAGAAAUAAAAGCAGCUCCACAGCACUCUGGCCAAAGCUCAGGUAGCUCUGUGAAUAUUUCUGCAACUGAUGGCAGCAGUGUUUACGUCCCUAUGAUAAGCGGCUCUCAGAUUUCUAGCCUCAGUAUGAACAUGAAUACUAAUUUUCAAAAAAGGACUGAUGAGAAACCGCUGAGAAGCGGUUUCUCAGACCGAGAACUAGAUAAUCAGGAAUUUCUGAGGAAGAACCGGGGUGAACUUAUUGAUAAUGUAAAAACUGUUGAUAGAAUAGUUGAUGACCUUCACUUCACUAAUGAAAUGGCGGCAAACGUGCAAGCUGAGAAGACAGAGCAGGCCAAGAUGAGGAAAGUUCUGGAGUACACAAACAGCAAAAUAGCUGCUCAGCUUCUGGUAGCUGCCUUGUGGAAACAUGCAAAAGAUGUCAUGGAGGAACUGACCACGACCUAACAGCUCAGUGCAGCAUUUAAAACCUCUUCAAUGAUGGUGCAGGGCAUAACUCACAGACCAAAUACCUCACCGUUUCUAAGAUAACAUUAUGAGAUGUGUAUUUUUAUUACUGUUUCUGUAAAGAAUAUAGAUUUGUUUUUUAUCA